AUGUUUUCGAUGUUUGUCUUAUUAUUGAUUUGUGUCUUAACAAAUGGAUUUUGGUUUGGUUCUCCGGCUAAAACAACCAAAUUAACUACAGUGGUUCCUAUUCUGAAUAAAACACAAGAAUGUCGUCAACAAAUGACAUUUCAACAAAUGAAAGAUAUUUUACGCCAACAUCCAUGUGCAUUCGAAAACAAUAUUGGAAUAUAUCUUUCACGUACGCGACGUGAUGUUGAUCCAAAUAAAAUUGAUAUAAAAGCCAUACAUGCAACUGUCAAUGAUCAUCGUACAAUGAUAAAUUAUUUAAUUAACAAUUCAGUGAAUACGACUAUGUUGGGUGAAGCUAUUCUUGACCAUCAUAGCAAAGCUGGUCCAAUAUUGUCAAGUUGGCGAGAUAUAUUUCACUUAUUAUUUAUAAUAAUUCUCAUUGGAUUUGUUGUUUACUUUCUGAUCUGUCGAACAGGCCUCUUUCCACAGCGAUAUUGUAUUUCAAUUUUUUCAAAUUGUUUUAUAUCUCAAGUUAAAGAUGAACUUGAACAACAACGUGAACAACUUAAACAACAACAAGAACAAGUACAACAAUUAAUGAAACAACUCAUCGAACAACAAAAAAUAAUUAAAACCAAACCGAUACGUCGAAAGACACAAGAUCAGCAAUCGAUGAAAUCUGAUUCUGGUGAGACGAUUCGCUACAAUGAAGGGUAUAUAUCAGAUUAA